AACCUCAAAAAUUUUGACACAUGCUGGUCGUCGGCAUGGAAAAGAGUUAAAAUAACUUUUGUUCUUUUGUUUCGUCUUCUUCGUGAAAAUGUAUUUCUAAACGUGUUUAAUUUGUCAAAAAAAAAGAAUUUCAGUUUUUAAUUCAUUUUAUUCAGUCGUUGUCAAUAAAUUUCUCUGAUAAUAAAAACGAUAAAAGGGAAAGAGAAAAAAUUUGUAAAAUGUUGAAGAAAAGUUUGGCAAUGUUUCGACCGGUGUGUUGCGGUCAAUUUCGAUAUUUAAGUAAAGUUUCUGCGAAACAUAAGGAAAAAUUGGACGAUAAAAUGCAAGCGUGGCAAAUUCAUUGCUAUGGUGGUAUCGAUGAGGUGAAAUUAUUUACCACUAGAAUGCCGGUUAUUUCGAGACCCACCGAUGUUCUAGUCAAGGUCGACGCUUCAAGUGUCAAUCCUUUUGAUUUGGCAGUGACAAAAGGUUAUGGAUCAAAAGUAUUAAAUUUGAUGCGUAAAGCGAAGAAUUUUGGAAUCGAGUCGGACAUUGAAUUUCCAUUGACAUUGGGAAGGGAUUUUUCGGGAACAAUUGUAUCGAAAGGACACGGAGUUGGUGAACGUUUGCAAUUGGGCGAUGAAGUCUGGGGAGUAAUUCCCGUUGAACAACAAGGAUGUCAUGCCGAAUACGUUGUUGCCAAUUCAUCUCUGGUUAAUCACAGGCCGAAGAAUAUUUCCUACAUCGAAGCGGCGAGUAUACCCUACGCGGGAUUAACUGCUUGGUCUGCUCUCUGGUAUUCCGGUGGUUUAUAUUAUAAGACGGGAAUUGUCACUCGACGAAACAAAAGAGUUCUGGUUAUUGGCGGUGCCGGUGGCGUUGGAACUUUAGCGAUUCAAAUGCUCAAAAAUUGGAAUAUGCACGUGAUAACAACUUGUAGCAGUGAUGCGGUGAACGUUUUGGAAAAAUUGGGAGCCGACGUUGUUAUAGAUUACAAAGAAGACAAUGCUGACGAAAAAAUUAUUUGCGAAGGACCUUAUGAUAUAAUUCUCGACUGUGCAAAUCAAGGACCAGGGGCAAUAAAAGCAAAAGGAUAUCCGCAUUACACUUACAUAACGUUGAAUUCUCCGCUGUUGAAAAAUAUCGACGAACGUGGAUUCAUAGCCGGCACUGUGAAGAACGUUGGCGAUUUUGUCAAGUACAAUAUUCCAUCGCAGGAGAAUAAGGGUUUCGUUAAAUGGGGCUUCUUCACUCCCUGCAGAUCUGGACUCAACGCCAUUCAGAAAUUCGUCGAAAAUGGCCAGCUGGUUUCGGUUGUGAAGAAGGUUUAUCCAUUUCAAGAAUUGCCAAGAGCUUAUGAACGUGCAGCACAGGGGCAUCUUCGUGGAAAAUUAGUUAUCGACAUGAGAUAAGUUUACGUAUUCAUAAUAUAAAUUAUAUAUUAUUUAUUAUUUUCUAUUUUCAAUAUAUAUACAC